AUGGGGCUCGGCGGAGUAAAAAACAAGCGCAAGAUUGGAGACGAUCCCAACAACACGAAAUGGGCACGCAACACAAACGCCUUCGGCCACAAGAUGCUGCGCGCACACGGAUGGGAACCUGGCCAGUACCUCGGAAGGAAAAGCGAAGCAUACUCCGCAUUUCAUACGGCAGCGAGCGCUUCAUAUAUAAGAGCGGUGUUGCGUGAAGACAACUUGGGCAUCGGCGCCAAGCCGGCCAACGGCGGUUCAGGCGACCAGUGUACAGGCCUCGAUGGGUUUAAGGACCUCUUAGGACGGCUCAACGGCACAUCAGAGGCCGUGAUUGAGAAGAAGCAGCAGGCAAGAGAGAGCGUCAAGAUGACACUAUACGUCGAGCGCAAGUUCGGACCAAUGCGGUUUGUACGGGGCGGUUUGUUGGUGGGUGACAGCAUGCAAGAGGAAGAGAAUGGCAGCCAACAGACGGCGUCAACGGCACACAGCAACGAGGCCACAGAUUCUACCCCGGAGUCUUCUUCGAAUGACGAUGAGUCUGCUAAGAGGAAGGCGAAGAAAGACAAGAAGCGAAAAGAGAAGGAAGAGAAAAAGAAGGAAAAGAGAGAGAAAAAGGAGGCGUCGAAGAAGCGGAAGGCAGCGCGGGACGACGACGAGCUUGAGGACGGAAGUGAAGAGAGAAGUGCGAAGAAGAGCAGGCGGGAGAAGAGAGACGAAAACGAGGUGACAGCCGACGAAGAAAAGUCUACGAAGGAUAGGAAGAAGAAGAAGAAGGACAAGAAAGAUAAGAAGGACAAAGAUGAGAAGAAGAGACGGAAAGAAGCAGCACUCACCGGCGACUCAUCAACCGAGACGAAAAGAGACAAGCUUGCAACUUCGGACUCUUUGGCGGCAACAGCGCCAUUGCCUGUUGUACUUGGGCGUCACAUGUCACGGAGACGGCAUAUUGCUCAAAAGCGAGCGGCGGUUAUGGACCCUCAAGCUUUAAAGCAGGUAUGGUUAUGCUCCACGCCCCUAGAUUCGAAUAUCAAGGUUAACAAUACGGCAGAUUUUUAUGAUCAAGACAUAGAAUUAGAUUUUGAAGAUUGUAUAGAUGUGAAGACUACGUUGGAUGCUCGGGAUGCAGCAUUCGUCUAG